ACAUUUUGGCGACCGCAAUCAGACGUGUCAAAAGGAGGAAGUUGUGAGCUUAUCGUACGGGUGCACCGGUACAUGUAUACGGUACGACUACGAGUACUUUUUGUGGGGAGUGUCCACCAAAAUAUCGCCUAUUUAGUUUUCUAUUUGGCAAGUGUUGCACGAAAUGGCCAAAAAUACUGGACGAACACAGUUUCGAAAGGUGGAUGUUGAUGAGUACGACGAAAAUAACUAUCAAGAUGAACAAACAGACGAGGAAGGGAAAGGACCAGACGAAGGAGAAGUGCAGAGUUUCCUGAACCAAAAAAACAAUCAAGAGGCACUGAAAGCAGUGUUAAGAAAUCCACCGAUAGGCUCAAAGAACCCUGCUGUGAAGGAUAAAGCCUUUCAACUUGUUAUGAGAGUUCUAACAGCCUUCAGAGCCAGUGACAUUGAGAAAACAGUCAAUAGUUUGGAUCUUGAUGUCAUUGACAUUCUGAUGAAGUACAUCUACAGGGGCUUCUCUGAGCCCACUGAAAACAGUAGUGCUAUCUUGCUGACGUGGCAUGAAAAAGCUUAUGCUGUUGGAGGCCUUGGAUCUAUUGUACGUGUUUUGACCGAUCGGAAAACUGUUUGAGAAUUUGUAGGUAAAAAAGCAUGCUCCUUAUAUCGACCAAAUGAAAAUACAUACAGGCACCAUACCAUGCUAAGGACAUGAGUACCCCAUCCCACAAAGGAAGUUGGGUUAGUGAAUAAUGUAAGACUUAUUUAGAUCAAUUAUGUUAUGCCAUUUUCUAGUGUUCAUUUACAGAUACAAGACCUUAGUGCAUGUCAUAUUCUGUGAAGGCAGGACUGCAAACAGUGAUAGAAGUUAUGCUUUGCUGGCAUCUCCAUGGUGUCUCAGAGGCUGUUUGUGUUGUUUUAAUUUAGUUACAACGAAUGCGCCUAAGAAUUACUCAAACCUUGAGCCUAUCCCAGUGAUAAAAACCUCUUGCCCUCUCAGGACACGUUAAUGCAGAACCUCUUUUGUCAGCAUAGUUUUUUUCUGUUAAAAUACACUGCAUUUGGACUUUCCUAUGGAAAACAAUUGUACCUUUUUGUCUGUAUUUGGAAAACAUCAAAUAGCUGGGUCAAUACUUCAGAUUUUUAGAAUGGAAAAUUCUAAAAUGGAAUAUUGAAUACUUUUGUCACAGUGUCGUGAUUUUUAAUGGGUGAAUGAAGAGCAAAGUAUAUAUAAGUACUGCGCAUCAAUUUCUUUUGUUUUCAGUGGUUGCAAAUGAUUGUAUUAUCUUUGCCUGCAUUAUACAAGCUUAUGUGUAGAUCACGUUUCUUUCAAACUGGUUAGCAAUGCCUUUACUGUGAUGUUGUCACUCCAUUAUUGCAUGUUUACAAUGUAAGUUUUGAAUCACUUGAGUGAAACACGGUAAAGGUCUCUUUAUCAUUAUACCAUGUUUCCUGUAUUUCAUUCACUUAAAACUAGCUGAACCCCGCCCUUGAUUUCUAACACGGUUUUACACAAACUAAAGAAAGUGUAACAGUCAUUUAGUACAUAGUACAUAUACUGUACAUGUAUAAUACAUAUCGGCUUACACCUACAAUAACAUCUUUUCUUGUGAACUUUACCACUUUACUAUGUUGAAAUUUUUCUCUACCUUCGACAUCUCAGUCAUGUUUUUGAAGAAUAAUUGUGACCAUAUUGGAUCAGUAUGCACUGGGUCAAAGGCCUAUGAAAACUUCUAGUACCUUUGAACAUACAUGUACUUAGUUUUUGUUUAAUGCUCUUUCAUCUUGGUCUAGGGAAGUUUUUUCAGACUUGUCAGAAUAGCUAGUACAGUAAAGCUUAGCAUCAAUGUGAAAUGUAAGGCUCUUGCGCUUGACAGAAGACUGGUGCCCUAACACUGGCAAGUUACAGCCUAUAUGUAGAGUUAAUCCAGCCCUGAGUAGACAUCAAGAGUACCUGUGAUUGGCAAUUAUCGAUGGAAGCUGCGCAGUGCGCUAACAUGACUGUGCUAAAAUACUGUUUAAUCUCGAAAGUAUUUGUAGUGGCAUUAUUUUGUCACAGAGUCAAAGUUAUUUGAAAAUGCAUGUAUCUUACUCGGUUAUCACUUAGGCAUUACUAUCUUUUAUGUACACUUUUAUAAAUAUGUAGGGUAACUGGGGGAAAUAAACUCACCAAAGAAAUUCCA